AAGUUGUGUUCACUUACUAGAAUAUCUACGCUAAAAAGUGGAAAUCAUUAAAUGGGAAGCUAAAAAGUUACAAGGAGAGAGAUUUCUGCUUGUUUGGAGAUCUUAAGAAAAGAGAAUCACUGAAGUACAUUUUAUUUUAUGAUAUUUAAAAAUAUUUUUAUUAGGAAAAUAGUUUUUGUGAGACAAGAGUAAAGUGAAUAUUAUAUACUCCCGGUUAACAGCUGUGAAUCAUAUCAAAGGCUCACAAUGAGCUUUAGAUAUACAUUAAUGGUGAGAGACAAUAUUAGAAACGGUUUGACAAUAACUUUAAAUGGAAGUUUCAAUCUUCUGAUAACAGCCGCCAUCGCUAACAUCAUGAAAAGUAUACUACCUGUAGAAACCAUAGAAUGUCCCAAAAACGUCAGAGAUCCAGAAAAGCUGAUAGCUAACAUCCUAGAAAUGUUCUUAUUUCUUCGCUACUGUGCAAAAUAGUCUGCUGUCUAGUUAAGGCAAGCCAGCAAUUAUCGGUUUUUAACUUGCUUCUUUUCAAAAAACCCUAACCCGAAACUAAAGGCCGGCGAAAAAGUUACCCCGAGGACUAUCAACGCGAAGCUCAAUUCCCUCCUUUACGUUUCUUUCAAAUUUAUUAUAAAACGCCACUUUACAUAUGUUUACACCAAAAUGAGUAACGAUAACUUGAACAGACGCACGAAGGAAAAUAAUUUCAAGCUCAAACAUAAUGUCAUUUUAGUUGUUUCUUGAAACUUUUGGAACACCUCGUUACAUUAUGUCAAUUAUUCAAUCACUUUUCAAGAAUGGAAAAAACUCUGUGUUCUAAACUGACGUUAUAUAACGACUUAUGAGACCAUUUUACACAAUGUCCUUUCAAAACCUGAAGAAGUUCUUUGUACAUACAUCCUCGGCUUCAUUGAAACUCUCUAAGUGGGGUUUUCAGCAAGAUAAAUAUGUGCGAGUGUUGCAAUAAAUAUAUAUUUCGGAAAAGAAUUAUAUGUAAAAAUAUAGGGUUUCAAUGGUAAUGUAAAGGUAACAAUGUAUAACAGUUAACAAAGCUGUCCCAACCCGGUGAUAUGUUAAUUGACUAAUAGCUUUUCAAAAUCGAUGACGAUUCUUUUAUAAACGAUAGCAAAGCUGUCUAAUCAGACAAUUCAUUACUUUUCAAAUACUAAAGCAAUGCAGGUUCUUUGUUGUAAACGUUACUGAAAAAAGCUGUCCCAUGAUGUGCUAAUCAAUUACAUGCGUUGAAGAGCUCCCUUGGUUGUUGUGAAGGCUAACAGAACCCUCUCACGUGAUGUCACUUUUUAAUCCAAAAUGAAGGGCUUCUUUGAUAGCAACUUCAACAAAGAUCUUGCAUAUGAUACCACCGGCGUUUUAUUUUUCCUGUAUCUGGUUACACUGAACUACUUUGAAACGUCGAACAGCAUGUAGAAGGACGAAUUACUUCAGCAACCACGCACAAACGCUCGAGGUAACUGGUAACUGAUAACUGUAGGUUUCUUUACUGGUCUUCAGUUAUGGCCGGUUAUCUUUGUUAGUAUUUAGCUGGUGCCCGUAAAUUAGUUAUCCAGUAAGUCCCGAAAGAAUGACCCCGUUAAGUCAGCACUCCUGUUCUGUUCACAUUAAGUAGAACCUGAGCUUACCUGGAGUCCAAACGGAAAGUGAAAAAGAAUAUUUCUCUAACUUAGGAAUUAGUUUUGUAUAAAGUGCUCUCAAUGUAAGGCAUUGAUAUUAAUUUUUUUACACAGUUUUUGUUUAUUAAAGAUCCACUAUCGUUAUUUUUGUUACCAUCGGAGAAAAGUUCUGCGAUCUUUUUCCCUUCCUCGAGAUGCAUUCUUAUGCAUGUAUUUUACGCAUGUUUAAAAAAAGUUACGUUAUUUAAGAACAUUUCUUUCCCCAGGGAUGUCAUAUGCGCAAAUAUGCACGCGAACUUACAAGAUGACGAUAAACAACGAAACUGACUGGGUUGCUUGUACUGAACCAUUAUCUCAUAAAUGCAGGCUAUUUAAUACUUACUUCCAUAAAAAAAAUCCCAUUUCUCUUUUGCACUAGUUUGCCCUAGUGUCGUGAAAGACCCCUUGCUUUGGUAGACUUUAUCAUUCUCUUUUUCAGUUGCAGCCUUUUUUUUUCGGCCUUUUUAAAUGCCUUUUUUUUGUCACCAUAUAGUAAUUUUCAAAUCACUACCUGACCUGCAGUAUUAUUUAGGAGUUUUUUUCACUAUAAAGAGAGCCGUGUGUGCUCCAUCUCAGCGGUCCGUAUCGCAAAAUUAGAUCGCCCGAGACCUCAUUUGCAUUAUUAGGGACGGCGACUUAUGACACUUAUGUGAAUUCGACGGUUGACCAUGGCCUUAAGGAACUAAUCUGAAUGCUCUAAGCCUUUCAUCGUCAACCAGUUUGACGCGUAAAAGCAAUAGUAGAUUUCAUGUGAUCGCUUUGAUUGACUCAGCAAUGUUGAAUCCGCGUUGUUUUGGAAGCUAUGUUCUCGAAGCAGCGUCGACAUGUCUACUAAACAAUACGGAUGGCUUGAAUAUCGUUUCCAGAUUCCGGGACCUCGCAGCGAUCGGAGCGUGAACCAGCAUUCGUCGCAGUGGUUACUCUCUCGGCGCAUGUUCAGAAACGUCUCGAACGCAUGCGCGCAAUCAAACGGAAACGAAGAUUUAUUUCCGGCUUUUGAUUUUGUGCAGCGUUCGGCCAUCGCUGUCAGAAAACGCGCGGGAUCAAGGGAGGAAGCCACCUUUUUUACUGCGGACUCUUCGUGAAAGUCUUAUAAGUAUUUCAUUUAGAUCAGACUCGACAAUCUACGAUAAAAGUGUGAAAACAGUGAAAAUUGUUACGACAUGUUUUUGUUCUUCCUUCAUAGUUGGUUCACAUGGCGUUACAUCAUGGUAUGCUCAAGACCUUCAGACACAACAAGGCUAGAACCAUAUUAACAGUUAUCAAAGCAUAUUAAGAAAUCGAGAUCAUCAACCCUUACCAUGGAACUAACUACAAGCUUUGAGGCUUCGAAUAGCUGGUACCUGAAAAAAAUCUGAAAACUCACAAGCUAAACAGUGUGGCACCUUGAUACAAGCAGGUUUUCUUGUUCUAAUUCAUUCCCGCCGCAAAGAACAAAAGCUUUUUUUUUUUAACUACACCAGUUGGAAUAUUAUAGCUGAGAACGAAAGGCAACUGUCUAUGUUUUGGUUUUAAUCGGAAGUGAAUUGGCUAAAGCCCAGAAAAUGUCCAAAUCGGUCGCUUGCGCUAUCGAUUGUACACGUGAAAUGCAUAGAUUAUGAUCUAAAAUUAAUACGUUGAGUUGAGAUUUGGGAGUGGCCAUCCUCGUCUAUUCUUUUGUUCUUCUUCAAGGUCUCGUUACGUCGGAUUUCGUCGUACUGGCGACUGUUUUUUUUUUUUUUUAUGGGGGAACAGAGUUCAUCUCUCGCUGAAGGACUUUGAAAGGAAUUUUCUCUCAAGCCCAGCAAGCUGGUAAUGCUGUAUUUAUCAGAGGAGGCAAAGCUUGGUAUUGUAAGUGGAGCGAUCGCCAUUCUUAUUCUUAUGGUCAUCUGUAUGGUGUGUAAGCUAAGCAGACUUCACAAACAGCCAGUGUAUAAAGAUUCCUCUUACCUCAAGGGCACAGACAAAAACACUGCCGGCAAGGUACCAGUUGUACAAUUCCCAAGCUUUGCAGAUGAGUGUAGCGAAUGUGAACAAGAGAAACGAAGCAAAAUGAAUGGCGACAUAGAGAUGCAGACUUCUCAAGGGCUCAGUCCUCCAAGAAGCAAGGGAAGAAUCAAAUUUACGAUGGUUUAUCAAAGCGAUUUGCAAACUCUGUUAUUGACUAUCAUUGAAGCGAGCCAACUGGUGGGAAAGGACUUCUGGGAUACUGUGGAUUCUUACGUGAAAGUGAGGCUCCAACCCGACGAAGAGGGAAUUUUAAGGAGGCAAACAGACGUUUUUAGGAAGUCUACGAGUCCAAAGUUUGGAGAGAGUUAUGAAUUUAAUAUGCUUUUACAAGACGUGCAAAGCUCCACACUUCAUUUGUCCGUUUGGGAAAUUGACAAGUAUUCCCGUCAUCACAUGAUUGGAGAGGUUCAAGUUGAGCUUGGUCAAGUCAUCAAAGCUGAUGAACCAGUUGCGUUUGACAGAGACUUGAGGUCACUUCAAAAGACGAAGACCAACCUAGGUGAGAUUUUAUUUUCCCUCAGUUAUAUGCCAACUGCUGAGAGGAUGUCUGUGGUAUUGAUGAAGGCCAGGGGACUGAAUCCACCCUUCAGUGACUGGAACACUGAAUCAAGGCCUAUAAAUCCGUUCAUCAAAGUUGUUCUCUUAUUCGACGGCAAAAAAGUCAAGAAGAAGAAAACUUCCACUAGAAAACAGGAAACUAACCCUGUCUACAACGAGUGUAUGAUGUUUGAUGUUCCCCCGGACCUCCUUCACAGAGUCCUGUUUGUCAUAUCAGUAGCAGACGCCAAACCCGAAUCCACGAGAAGUGAUGUGAUUGGACGAGUAGUUAUAGGCUCUGCUACUACUGGAGAGCCACUCAGACACUGGCAUCAAAUGCUCAUAUCACCCAGAAGACCUGUAGCAGCAUGGCACCGCCUUAAAAUGUGACAACACUGCAACCAGGGGUGCUUUCCGUUAUGCCAGACCGGCCAGUGAGACUACCCGAGGAAAAUAGAACGACGUUCUCAGAUCAAACAGGGCAAGCCGAGAGGAAUAGCUCUCACUAUUUUCUAUUCCUUUCCCUAAUUCCCUACAUGAGUGAAAUCUUCUGAAAAGAAGUAGGGCAAUGAACCGGUUUGUCAAAAUGGAAGGACAAAUUUCGGUCCGACCGAUCAAAGAGGACCACCUCCAGAGGUGGUCCCGAACAUUCCGGUCGGACCAAACCGAAGCGGACCUUUCCAUUUGACCUCCGACCGAAAUUUCCAUAAUUUUUGGCAUAAUGGAAGCACCCUAGGAGUCAUGGACUCCAUUCUCGUCUCCAGAGCCUCCGUUUCUUUUGAUCACGUCAUUUUAAAACGAGUAACACUGUGGGGACGAGAAUGUCAUGGACUCCUGCUGAGGUUAGAGAUUUUAUAACGUGAAGUGAGACGACCGUCAUGUUUGACUCAAGUUAAAAUUAACCGUGCAAAGUCUGUUUUUAGAUUACCUGAAGCUUUGACGUUUGUCACGUCUCAGAACACUCUUUUAUUUAUAUGUUCAUCUACAGAACAGCUUUUUACAGCAAAAAAUGAUUUGCAGCAGAACUAAGUUUUCUUACACACAAUUAGAGACUGGUUUUUAUCGUAAAAAAUUAAACUGACGUAGAUCAAGGGUUAUUCAAUAAACAAGCUUUAUAAAUGUCUUGCCUAAAAGUUUCUUAUGCCACCAUGGUGAGCAUCGGGCAAAUUUAUCUGAAAUUGGUUCUGUGACCCUCUCGCUGUGAAAUAGAGUGAACUGAUUUACAUCGCGAUUCUAGAAUCAUUGUACACGGCGACGCAAACUGUACUGCGCCCUCUCUCAGAAAGUUGGCCAACAAAGCUUCACAGUCCAACCAACUUUAGCCCGAAUACCGCUUUGAUUUUCAUUCGUUUCCCGUCCGAAGAUGGUGGAAAGUCCAGGUGCAAAAAGGCCUCCAAGCAGGAUGGAGGGCGUGGGAGUACUAGAGGAUGUAUAUUUCAGUGUGCCGGUAAUGACAGCCUCCUUGGCAGACGUCCUUUGGGUUCGCGAGGGAGGAGUGGGCGAAGAGCCAUAAGAACAUCUGCACGAGGAGGCUACGAUAUCAGAGGAUAUCUCGUGUCACUUCUUUGAAAGUUGUCUGCAUAUUUAGGAUGUAUUGAUUCAAAGGGGACAUUUGGGAGACAGAUGUCAUCCGAUACUAACGGAUAUUUCCAUCAAAUAAAAGAAGUUAAUAUAAAAAGGGCCCGUUACAAACGUUUUACAUGUAAGUAAACAGGUUAUUUUUGUCUUCCAAUUAUAGCCCAGGCGAGAUAAAGAAUAUCCGGCUAAUAUACUAUUGUUUUUUAUAUAGAUGGCGAUAGGAAAAAAAUAUAAGUCCAGUUCGGUAACAUAUAUCAAAGAGCACUUUGUGACUCACUCAAAUAUGUAAUCUAUUUUUGUCACUUUAUCAUAAUUAAUUAUGCAUGUUUCGCCUAGUUGUUAUAUGGUCCCCACGGUUUUUCAAAUAUUCUGCAACUGACGAUGAUGUUAGUAACAUCGAAACAUGUCUUAUAAAUUAAAAAAAGUCGCAAUCUUCAUAAAAAUUACGAUAUCAAAGAGGGAUUCAAAACGGCAACCCUUACCGAGAUCAUUUGCCUGAUGUAUAUAGUCUAUUUGCAAGUAUCUAAAGUUGACGGGUAUUAACAAGACUCAACUCGGAAAACCUCCUUGUGUUUACUAGUCCCUACACAGACCUUCUGUUUUGUCUUGAGUCCGUCGAGAUUGCAAUUAAAAAAUAACUCGUAGCAAAAAAAUAAGCGUAUGUGGACAGACAAAGUGGUCUAAAUGUUUACUGGUUACCAUGACAACCAUGCCAGUACAACAUCGUUCUAUUCGCACACGGAGAAAACUAAUAAGGGAUUGAUAACAUUACUUUUUGAUCAUGCCGUAAAGUUACAUGUAAUAAACGAGCAGCAGUGAUUCAUCAGGUUUUGAAAAAAUAAAAAUACGCGCUAUGACUU